CCUCUCUUUCAGUCUGGCUGGCUGCUGUCCUGUCAUCGGCCUGGGUGUGGUUUUUUGCAGUCGGGGGUACCGUUAGCAGGAAAUCAAGCUCCAGUCCAUUUCACUUUAAGGCGAAACAAAGAAAAAAACAGGCUCGCGAGCGCACGGUAGAAAAUACUUGUUCGCCCUCAAGCUAAAAGUAACGUUAGCUUCCUCGAGACAGGAAGGCGUUUGAUUGGCGCCGUGCUUCUGAUGGGAAAAAGUUUUCUUCUGGUCUCGUUAACUGGUCUGAUUUAAGAACUUUUUUUUAAAAAAUAAAGCCUGAACCGGACGUAAAAGAAAGGAAAGAUGCCGAAGACGAUUAGUGUGAGAGUCACCACAAUGGAUGCUGAACUGGAGUUCGCCAUUCAGCCAAACACGACUGGAAAGCAACUCUUUGACCAGGUUGUUAAGACCAUUGGGCUGCGGGAGGUUUGGUACUUUGGACUCCAGUACCAGGAUACAAAGGGUUUCUCUACAUGGCUCAAGCUCAAUAAGAAGGUGACAGCCCAGGAUGUGAGGAAGGAAAGCCCGCUGCUGUUUAAGUUCCGUGCCAAAUUCUUCCCUGAGGAUGUGACAGAGGAGUUAAUCCAGGAUGCCACACAGCGGCUGUUCUUCCUGCAGGUGAAGGAGGGAAUCUUAAAUGACGACAUCUACUGCCCUCCAGAGACAGCAGUCCUCCUGGCCUCCUACGCAGUGCAGGCCAAAUAUGCCGACUACAACAAGGAAGUCCACACACCAGGCUAUCUGUCCAGUGAACAGCUUCUCCCUCAGAGAGUUCUAGACCAGCACAAACUCAAUAAGGACCAGUGGGAGGAGAGGAUUCAAGUGUGGCACGAAGAGCACAAGGGCAUGAUGAGAGAGGAAUCCAUGAUGGAGUAUCUGAAGAUCGCUCAAGAUCUCGAGAUGUACGGAGUCAACUACUUCAGCAUCAAGAAUAAGAAAGGAACAGAAUUGUGGUUGGGAGUGGAUGCUUUGGGCCUCAACAUUUAUGAACAGAAUGACAAAAUGACGCCCAAAAUUGGAUUUCCUUGGAGUGAAAUCAGGAACAUUUCCUUCAAUGACAAGAAGUUUGUCAUCAAACCAAUUGACAAGAAAGCACCCGACUUUGUCUUCUAUGCUCCGAGACUACGCAUCAACAAGCGCAUUCUGGCUCUUUGCAUGGGCAACCAUGAGCUGUAUAUGCGCCGUCGCAAACCUGACACCAUUGAAGUGCAGCAGAUGAAGGCUCAGGCUCGGGAGGAGAAGAACCACAAGAAGAUGGAGAGAGCUCUGCUGGAGAAUGAAAAGAGGAAAAGAGAAGUUGCAGAAAAGGAAAAGGAAAAGAUUGAAAAGGAAAAGGAGGAAUUAAUGGAGAGAUUAAAGCAGAUUGAGGAGCAGACGAAAAAAGCCCAACAAGAGCUGGAGGAUCAAACACAGAGGGCUCUGGAGUUGGAGCAGGAAAGGAAGAGAGCUAAGGAGGAGGCUGAACGCCUGGAGCUUGAGCUGAGGGGCGCUGAGGACUCCAAGGUGGCACUGCUGCAUCAGUCAGAGAACCAGAUGAAGAACCAAGAACACCUGGCCACGGAGUUGGCUGAUCUGACUUCGAAGAUUUCCCUCCUGGAGGAUGCCAAGAAGAAAAAGGAAGAAGAGGCAGUGCAGUGGCAACAGAAGGCUACCAUGGUGCAGGAGGACCUGGAAAAGACCAAAGAAGAGCUCAAAAACAAAGUGAUGGCAGCUCACGUUCAGGAGCCCCUCAACGCAGAGAAUGAGCACGACGAGAACGACGAGAGCAGCGCCGAGGCCAGCGCCGAGUUUACGGCUGCCGCCACCUACAAGGACCGCAGUGAAGAGGAGCGCAUGACUGAGGCUGAGAAGAACGAACGUUUGCAGAAACAUCUACUUGCUUUAAGCUCAGAGUUGGCCAACGCUCGGGAUGAGACCAAGAAAACAGUGAAUGACAUGAUCCACGCAGAGAACAUGAAGGCAGGACGAGACAAGUACAAGACCCUUAGGCAGAUCCGGUCAGGAAACACCAAACAGCGCAUCGAUGAGUUCGAAUGCAUGUGAUGUCUGCAUCCACCAAUGCAAAAGCCCACGCAGUUGGGCCAGUCUGCCUGGACUGCAGUCCUGCCUCACUCAAGCUGUUUCCUCUGUACCCAAAUAUAUCAGAUCCACAAGCACAGCACAAUGUACAAAUAUGGAUCUGGAAAACUCCCAUUUGUUAUCAUUCCUAACUUUGAAUUUAGGCAAGUCACUGGUUGAAAAGGGACAUACUGUAUUUUAUUAGUACAUUCCUCAUGAGGGGUUUAUGUAGCAUAUUAGUAUUGGGCUCACGCCUCAUUUCAUGACACAUUGAGUAAGCAUUUUUCAUUUCUUUAUGUUUUUGUCACAUUUUUAGAUCAUGAUUUCAAAAUCAAAGGCUCAGAGACCAAUCCAAAUUUCAGUUUGCCUGUAGAUAUAUUUCUGCUGUACACGCAACGGUUCCUCACAGCAAGCUGCAUCUUUCAGACAGUGACGUUUCUCUAAUUAUCUGUUGCCCAUAGUUUUAAAGCCAAAUGCACUGUAAUCUACAUAAGCAAAUACAUAUGAGGACCCUGAAGUGUCUGUGUGGAGCGUUAAUAGAGCAGUAUUAUUUUUGUAAAUGUACGAUUUUUUUGCUUUUUAUUUGACUGUAUUCAGAACCAGCCAACUGUACAUUACAAAUCAGAAUCAGUAUUUACACCUCAGUUACAGGGUGAUAUGAAAGAUCAAUUUCAUGUAGAUGUUUUGUACACCUUCAAAUCAGUUUGCUACUAAGGCUUUAGUAUAAACGUUGCUGUUAAGGCUGAAACAAAUGACUUUCUUUUUAAAUCUACAUAGAAACAUCCUGAAUUGUAAACUAUGAAUGAACUUGAUAUACUCUUAAGUCCUCAAAGAAUAAAAGUAGCAUUUUGAAAAUUAUGCAAAUCUGGUGUCUGAGAAGCAUUUUAAUAACUAGCUAGACAUUUUUAGCCUACAUACACUGAAUUAGUAAGGUUGAAAUUGUAUCUGCAAAAUCAAAAGAAAAUGCUGUAUUGUUAGUGUCAUCAUUAUUCAAUUAAAAGACUGACAGGACAUCUGAGGUUGGUUUUUGAAGUUUUAUUCCUCUGCUUUUAAUUUUUAACUCUGAUCAUCAGUGAUGCUGUCAUUUGAUAAUCACAUACAGUUGUUUUUUCUCUUGGUUUUUAGCAUUGAUAUAACCAGUACAGCACAAGGACUUACACUGUAAUUCUCACAUGUCAAGUUGGCUUUUGUUGGUGAACAAAGGCCGAUAAAUUCAUCUGUAAAGGUAGAAGUUGUAGUUUAAUCUUAAAUGCUCCAUUGUCACCGCAAAAUCUACAUAGAACCUGAUGCAUAAAAUAAAAUAAUUUAAUUAAACAUGCACUGGAAAACCACAGCGUUUGCAAAAUGAGUCCAAACAUUUACUGUCCUCAAUGGGCACCGUUUCCAAUGCAUGCAUUUUUGAUAUACUGUAUGUAUUUAAAGACAUUUGUGUAUUUUGUAAUUUGGAUUUUUCCGAUGUGAUACAAUUAUGUAAGGUGAAGGAUAGACACCGCUUAGGAUAUUUUUGUAUAAUAAAAUCUAGAAGUACUUGUCAAAGAUAACAGUUUUUGUUCAGAAAGAACAACAUUUUUAAAAUAGUGUUUUGUUGUAAACUAAUUGAACAGCUCACUGCUGUGAUAGUAGGCUGAUGGAACAAGCAACACCCCAAAGCCUGUGAUAGGACCAAUGAAAAGCCAGACCACAGGAAAUUCUGUUCAUCUUAAACUGCUAAAAACUAGCAAUAUACCAGGCCAAAAGAUUUUUGCAUAAAAAUAAACAUAACGUACGUUCUUGUGCCAUCAUUCCAGAUUACUUUUUCCAUUCAGACAUGCGAAGGGUUUUGCUUGUUCUCAGAUAUUUUGAAAGAUUUAUUUACACUAUUUUGCAAGUUCAAAGUAAAUGUAUUUUAGUGAUACAUAUUUCUUUCUAUUUUAUUUUGAUUUCUGUUAUUGAAUGAUCGUUUGUACCAAGAUUUUGAUAUACAGUAUUCUUGCCCGUUGCUGCCUAGAGUUCUUGUAUUUGCCAUGAAAGAUAAAAAUGCAGUUGUUGCUAUUUUGGUUACCUUUACAUGCCUUUGACAAUACCUUUUCUAAUGCUGCACUGUAUGUUCUACCUGAAGCACCAUGUAUUGACAGCCUUCUUUUAAGAAACAAGUGUAAUUUGAACUCAAGUCAUCAUGUGUGAAAAAGAAAUUUAUUAAAAGAUGCUACUCAAUAUUUUGUCUUGAAUCAAAAAGGACUGAAAUGCAAUUGUGUAAUUUGACAGACAGUGCCUUGGCCAGGUUUUUCAUCAGAUCUCGCUGCUUCAGGUCUUCCUUUCACCAAUGAAUAAAAAACAGAUUAAACCGUA